AUGCUGUACUGGGUGGCAUUACUUUUAUUCUGCCAUUUUGGCAUUUCCUUCUCACUAUCUACGGUUCGUAUACCCCUGGCCAAUUCAGCAAGGGUUCUGAGGCGCGAUUUAUAUGGGUAUUCCAUUGAACCUUCUUCCGUUGUGCCAUACCUCCAAAAUGAUCGAGCUUCCAAGUUGUUAGGAUACAUUGCAGAAGUCGCUGGAGUGCCCGCGUCCAUCCGGGUUGGGGGAAAUAUUGCAGACCAGACAUUAUUUGAUAAGACGUUGAGAGCGCCGUCGGAAGCGCUGCCAAACGACACGACAGUGGAAGUCUUGCGCAUCCGAGAAGAUUGGUUCAAGGGCUGGAAAGAAUAUUUCCCACACGGAACUAAUAUCCUAUAUACAUUGAACCUACGCAAUGAGACGGGGUUAUGGAUCAAUGCCAUGGAGGAAGCCAAAGCUGUGAUGGGGAUACUGGGCGAAUCCCUCUCGCACUUCGAAUUGGGCAAUGAGAUCGACCACUACAUCAACAAAGGCUGGCGGGGGGCGGGCUGGGACACGAAGCAGUAUACGAACCAAUGGCGUCGUCUGACGAGCCAAAUCCUAUCGUCCCCUUUCUAUCAGAAUGCUACCCACCAGCCUCUCUUCCAAGCCGCGGUGUUUGCCGACCCUCCCAUGGUCCCGGACCAACACGAUGAGAUCGACGACUUUGAUAUCAUUAACGUAACCCGCGCCGGGCUGGUAGAUACGAAGAUAAUUGACAGCUAUGCGGUGCACCUCUACCCUCAAUCAACGUGCGAUGCCGUGCGUCGGCGGCGGCUUUCUUUAGACUUACUCUCGGACCACAAUGUCAUCUGGACAAACCUCUCUCAGUAUAUCCCGCAGGAGGCAGCUGCCCGUGCAGCGGGGAGCAGACUGGUGUUGGGGGAAACUAACUCGGCCUCUUGUAGUGGAAAAAGUGGUAUAAGUGACACCCUGGGUGCUGCUCUCUGGGCCGCUGACUAUGUCUUGACUGCGGCGAGUAUUGGCAUCGAGCAAACGUAUUUCCACCUCGGCCAUCAGAGUGAAUAUUCCGCCUUCACCCCCCUACCGUACGUAUACAAGGGCGAGAAUCUCACUGCGGGAAUCCGAGCCAACUUCUUCUCUCAUAUCUUUCUCGCUCACGUCGUUUCUGGCGGGGAGACGGACACAUGGAAAAUUACUGCCUUACCUAGCGCAAAUGCGUCGGACUUCAGUGGAUAUGCAAUUUUUGGUGGUCAGGAGGAGCCAGUCCUUGCGAAACUUGUUUUUAUAGAUUUGGGCGUGUGGAAUUCGACGUCUGGGCUCCAUAAUCCUUCUACGUUGUCAGCAACAGAUUCUAAAUUCGUUUCCCCCGGGGCCCGACCGAGACGAACUGUGGAAGUGCACACGACGUGGUACCCAGGAACGGAGGUCGAGCUUCUCAGAUUACAGGGCCCAGGAACCAACGCAAAGAGUGGGGUGAACGUGUCGGGGGUAGCCCUCGACUUGGAGACAGGCACCUUGGUCGGUAAGGAAGAGGUUGAACCAGGGAUUGUCAGUGAUAGUGGCAUCGUUCGCUUCGACAUUUCUCAGGCCGAGGGGGUCUUAAUACAGAAGCGUCGUACGGAAUACGCAUAG